AUGGUAAAAGUCUUCUGGGACCCUUGUGCUGAAGAAUUUGAUUCAGUUUGCAUUGUCGCGGAUUUGCCGGCGUAUUGCUCUUCCUGCUGGCGAGUGGGUCACUCCAAUGAAGAGUGCAAGAGGAAUUCUUCUGAGUUUGCAGCUCGGCACCAGCAAAAUCGAAUCGCGAGAAGGCAGGGCCAGCAGGUGGUUGGCCAGGUGCGAAGGACUAUCCUGGCUAAGGACACUGAAGCCAUGCAGGCGGCUGUGGGAGCACCAGCUGCAGCAGAGGGGAACCAGGCUCUUGGGCCUGGUGUGCGAGCUGUUGCAGAAGCCGCACCUCAGCAGGGCAGUGCGUCUAGGAGUUGCGCAAUGGACAUUGUAGUGGCUGGGGUGGAGGGGCAUUGCGUCGGUGUGACCUGCGAAGGCAUUGGUCGUGUGGCAGAUUGUGAGGGGGUGGAGGGAGUUUUGGAAGGGCGGGAAGAAGGGGUUGCUACAACAACAGAUGGGCCACGUCAGGAGGAGCAGCAAGUCCUCUCGGCACUAUCUUUGGGGGCUAGGCAUCAGCCCCAAGCUGAGGGGCAGAAGUGUCUUCUCCACGACAGGGAUUUGGAGAGCAUGGGUGCCACAUUGAAUGUGGAGGAAGCUUUGGCGCAUGGGGAACAGAAUUGCGGUGAGAUUGAGCUGCCUACCACUGCGGGAAAUUUGUCACCAAGGUUAGUAGGGAGUCAGGAGCUACCGCUGGAGUCGUUGGUGGUGCAAUUGAACGUUGAUCAAUCUGUGGCGGUGGAGCAUGGAUUUAGACAAGCGCGAGGGAAAGGUGUGCGGGCCCGACUUCCCUCUGACAGACAGCUACGGUCGGCGACAUCCUCCCAAAACUCUUUUCAGACUAGGUUUGUGGUGAUCUGUGAACCUAAGCUAGAUGUGUCUAAAAUUGUGUCCAUUCGUCUAAAAUUGUCUUUUGAUUGUGUGCUUGUAAAUCGAUCGGAGGAUCUUUGGAUUUUCUAUAGUAGUUCCUUUGUGUGUUCGGUUGUGGGAAAUUCUGAUCAACAUAUCUCUUUGGCUGUUCAACAUCCGUUUUUGCCUAGUUCGGUCACAAUGUCCUUCGUUCAUGCAAAAUGCUCUUGGGAUGAGCGUAGGGACUUAUGGCUAAACCUUUUAGCUGAUAAACCUAGCUCGUCUCCCUGGUGCAUUGGGGGAGAUUUUAAUACCAUUCUGGCACCCCAUGAGCAACGAGGGGGGCGGCCAUUUGGUGUAGCUGAAGGGGUAGAGCUUCUGUCUUUCAUGGAAGAGGCUGGAGUUUUUGAUGUGGGUUUUUCGGGAGCUAGCUUUACAUGGUGUAAUAAUAGGAGAGGCAGGGCUAGAGUCUCGAAGCGGCUGGAUAGGUUUUUAAUUAAUAGGGAUUGUUUGAACUUGUCCACCUCGAUUUCUAUAGUGCAUUUGGCGAGGCACCCUUCAGACCAUGCACCACUGAAGAUUUUGUUUACCUCACGCUUGGAUUAUAAACCACGGCCUUUCCGCUUCCUGAAUGUUUGGACGUCCAAACCACAACUUUUGGAGGUGAUUCGUAGUGCUUGGGAUCAAGAAGUGAGUGGCUCUCCACUGCGGGUAUUGUGCUCUAAAUUGUUGGCAGCCAGGAGAGCUAUUCAGCACUGGAACAAGCAUUGUUUUGGCAAUGUGUUUGAUGCUGUUCGGGGUGCGGAGGCGGCGGUUCAACGGGCAGAGGAGGCCAUGGAUCACGAUGGGUCGGAGGAGGCACAGCUCGAACUCCACAAGGCGCAAGCGGAGUUACGUCAUGCGCUGUCCGUUGAAGAGCAGUUUUGGAGUCAAAAGGCUCGAGUGAAAUGGUUUCGCAGUGGAGAUCGUAAUACUAGAUUCUUCCAUGCAGUGGUGAGGCAGCGACGGGCUCAAGGUACGAUUCAUAGGAUAAAGGCAGCCAGUGGGGUGUGGGUGGAGUCGGAUGAGGAUAUAGCGAGUGAGGCAAUAGCAUAUUUUUCUGACCUAUUCUCGGGCACGUCAAGACCCGCCUCGGAUAUGUUACACCUUAUUCCACCGGUGGUCUCAGGUGAGGACAACAGGAUCUUAGAGGAGGCACCUACUAUUGAGGAGGUUCAUCGGGUGGUGAAGGCAAUGGAUGGGGAUAGUGCUGCCGGACCAGAUGGCUUCACCGGCAAAUUCUUUACCUUUGCGUGGGAGGUUAUUGCUCAGGACGUCUAUGCAGCGGUACUAAGUUUCUUUUGUGGGGCAGAACUGCCUCGUUUCAUCACUUCUACCUCGCUUGUGUUGAUUCCUAAGGUAUCGAGUCCUCAGGAUUUCUCUAAAUUUAGACCGAUUAGCCUAUGCAAUUUUUUCAACAAGUUAUUAUCUCGAAUUUUGACUGAUCGAUUGGCGGGCAUCUUGCCAAAGCUUAUCUCCCCUCAACAGACAGGUUUUGUUAAGGGCCGCAAUAUAACAGAGAAUUAUUUGCUUGCUCAGGAAGUGGUUUCGGGAAUUGGGAAAAAAGUUAGGGGUGGAAACGUAAUGUUGAAGCUGGACAUGUCUAAAGCUUAUGACAGGGUGUCAUGGUUGCAUAUCAUUGGAGUCUUACGAAGGUUUGGGUUUGGGGAGCAGUUUAUAGAUCUGGUGUGGCGGCUAUUGUCGAAUGUUUGGUUUUCGGUAAUAAUCAAUGGCUCUUCAUAUGGUUUCUUCAAAUCUACGAGAGGGCUCCGCCAGGGGGACCCGUUGUCGCCGGCUUUGUUUAUUAUAGGGGCUGAGGUUCUGUCGAGGGGCUUAAACAACCUUGCGUUGCAGCCGGAUUUCUUGGGGUUCAGAGUUCCGUACGGGUGCCCCCCGAUAACGCAUUUGGCAUUUGCGGAUGAUGUUCUUAUAUUUGCGAAUGGGUCCGUUUCCUCCUUAAAGGACAUCAUGCAGGUGCUGGAAGGCUAUCAAGAAUGUUCGGGUCAGCUGAUAAAUGCUCAGAAAAGUGGGUACUUGGUUCAUCCUGCUUUGGCGCCGGCCAGAAGAAGAGUGAUUGAGCGCGUCAGGGGGUUUGUCUGGCAGGCUUUUCCCAUACGCUAUUCGGGAUUUUCGUUAUAUUUUGGGAGGUGUAAGUCGUCAUACUUUGGAGAGGUGUGUCAGGCAAUCUUGCAGAGGAUUUUGUCGUGGAAAUCAAAGCUAUUAUCUGCAGGAGGUAAGAUCGUUCUAAUCAGACAUGUGCUGUCCGCAAUCCCAGUCCAUUUACUAUCGGCUGCUGUGCUCCCUUGCUCGGUGUUCGGCAUUCUAGAGAAGGCUUGCUCAAACUUUCUAUGGGGUUCAUCUCCUGACGAAACAAAGUUUCAUUGGAUUCGGUGGUUUCAGUUGUGUUUCCCGGUGGAGGAGGGCGGGCUGGGGUUUCGAAGGCUUGAAGACGUCUAUACAGCCUUCUCUUGUAAAUUAUGGUCGACCUUCCGAACAGGGAGGUCGGUAUGGGCGGCAUUCCUGCGCGCAAAAUGUUGUAGAGGACUUCACCCCUGCCAAGCACAAUUAACGCUGACUGCGUCGCCGGUCUGGAGACGGAUGGUGAACGUAAGCCGACAGGUCGAGCUCUCUAUGUUAUGGCUAGUAAAUGAUGGGUUUUGCCAUUUUUGGUACAACAAUUGGUUGGGUAGUGGUGCCUUGUACCUUCGCGCACCAGUCAUCCCGCAUCUCUCGUUUCUUAGUAGUAUCAAAAAUGGGGCUUGGGAUGUGAGUUUUUUAUCUCACCUUUUGCCUAGUGACAUUGUGACUUCUAUCCUACACCACCCGGUUCCAGCGGGAGGAUGUGCAGAUGAAGUAAUUUGGAUGCCCACACAGUCUGGAAAAUUCACCUUGGCGUCAGCUUUCCAUGACGUCAAGCAGUCCCGUAAUACGUCUGUGGUCCUCUCUCGAGUUUGGCACCCUCGACUCCCAUUGAAAGUGUCUUUCUUUAUGCUCCGCUUGCUGAUGGGAAGGGUGCCACGGCCAGAUAUGCUACGCCGCCUAGGUUUUCACUUGCCAUCGAAAUGCCCUUGCUGCCCAGGGGCAGUUGAGGAAUCUCUUGAGCAUGUUUUUGCCGGGGGUCACAUAGCUAUGGACAUCUGGAACUAUUUUGGUGGCUGGUGUGGUGUGAGGAGCUCUGGAUCCUCCCUGCGUGCUCGCAUAGUUGAAUGGUGGUUGCGGUCGCAGCAGUCUGCAACACGGCAGUUCAUUUGUUUAAUCCUUCCUAGUCUCAUCUGCUGGAACAUUUGGAAAGCCAGGAAUAAAGCGGUAUUUGAGGGGGUCCCGAUGGCCUCCACGAAGAUUUGUCAGGCCAUAUUCUCGGAGAUCAAAAUCAUUGUAGAGAUCCAAUUCAAGCUUAAGACUGGGGCGAAAACAUUUGGGCAGUUGUAUGACUGGGUGCAAUUGCCCCUCUAUAUAGUCCAACGUGUUCGCUGGGAGGUGAGGGGGAGUGGGAUGCUUACCCUUAAUGUUGAUGGUUGCGCUAAGGGGAAUCCUGGAGUGGGUGGAGGCGGUGGGGUCCUCCAAGAUGCAACGGGGUUGCCUCUGGGCUAUGGUAAUCUAAAUCUCCAAUCGGAUUCGUUGGUCGUAGUUGGGAUUCUGAAGCGGCGGUUCCAGUGUCCAUGGCGGAUCCGUCGAGAGGCCAGGCAAAUUUGGCAGCUAGUGGAUGAUUCGGCUCAAAUCUCGCAUUGUUACCGGGAGCCUAACAUCGUGGCGCAUGUUUUGUCCAAAAUAGCCACCUCUCAUCCUGAACAGCAUAUUAAGGUCUACGAAAAUUUCCACGCUCUUCCGGCAUUGGCUCGUGGGGAGUCAGAUUAG